AUGAUUUUGAGUAACUUAAAAAAUCGCGAAUCGGAAAAGGAAAAAGAGGUGCGUAAAAGGAAUAUAAAAAACACACAAUCGCACGUGUUUAGUAAUAUACCAAUAUUCUCUUUGGCAAAUUUACGAAAACAAAAGGAGGAGAUAGGUACUUGUUUGAAAGAGGAGGAGCCAAAAUGGAUCAACCAGGUGGUAAGGAAGGAAAUCCUUAAUGGUAAAAUAAAAAUUAAUGAAGAAAAAGUUGAGAAGGAAAACGAUGACAAUGAAAAUGCUCGAACAGAAUGUCGAACAAAAGAUGGAAUAAAAAAUAGGGGAUGUUUAUUUUCUAAUAAAACAAAUAUAACAAAUAAAACUUCUAACCUCCUUGACACCCUGGAUGGCUUGAAAAAACAAAUUCAACAUACUGAUGUUAAGCCAUACAUUACUGAAAGUGCAGUAGAUAAAAAUACUCAGAGAGUGAAUUCUGGGGGUAGCUAUUUGUGCAAUGAGGAAAUAUAUCAAAGGGAUGUAUACCCAAGUAGUAAUACCAUUAUAAGAUGUAUGGAAAAUGUAAAUACUCCAUCAGGUUGCACACAUACAUGUAGUAAUUUAAAUAUGAAGAAAACAAAAAUAUGCAAUUUGAGAAAAGGAAUAAAUGAAAUAUAUCAUCUGGAAAAGAAAAAAGGUCAUAAGGAGGAGAAUAGCGUUUUUUUGUCCCUUUCAAAAAAUAGGAGUAAGAAGUCGAAAGGCACCGAGAAGGAAAUGCUAAGUGCAUUACGACUAAAAAAUGCUAUAAGUUACACGAAAAAGGAAAGUACAGAUAGAAAAGUAUGUAGUAACAUGAAAAUAAAUAAAGAUUUUUACACAAAUGUGAAUAAAACAUAUGACCAUAAAUGCACUUACAAGAAUUAUAAUAUUGCAUAUCGAAGUAGCAGUAAAAAACGUAGUACAAACAACGGUGCCGUUAGAAGAGUAAUUCAGAAGGAUAAUAUUUUUUCUAAUAUACGAAAGAGGGAAAAACAUGUUUUAGAAAUAUUAAAUGAUGAAGAUAGUACCAUUGAAGGUAGAGGCGAGUUAUUAAAUUAUUGCUCACACAGUAGUAGCGAGAACAGUUAUAAUUUGAUUUACAUAUGCAAAAGAGGAAGCACGCAGGCGAAUCCUCAGGCGAAUCCUCAGACGAAUCCUCAGACUUGUUCAUUUAAAUUUCUUAAUUGUGAGAAAGAAGGGCUAGGAAAUAUAAAUCCACUGGAAGGUGUGAACAUGAACAAAAUUAAUCCACACAGCGCGGAUAGGUUGAAUCUCGAAAAGAAUAAAAAAAAAAAAAGAAAAAGUAAAAAUGGAUUAAAAAGUAAAAAUGGAUUAAAAAGUAAAAAUGGAGUAACAAGUAAAAAUGGUUUAAAAAGUAAAAAUGGAGUAACAAGUAAAAAUGGUUUAAAAAGUAAAAAUGGAGUAACAAGUAAAAAUGGUGUAAAAAGCAAAAAUGGUGUCAAAAGUAAAAAUGGUGUAAAAUGUAAAAAUGGUACACAAAUUAAAAAACAUGUACAAGUCAGUGAAAAUGUUAAUAAUAAUGGUAAUAUUAAACAGAACCCAAAAAAAAUUACAAUGCAAACGAAUUACCGAUUGAAUGAAACCGGGAAAAAAAGUUUACAUGGAUGUAGGAAAGGUACGACCAAAAAGAAAGUUUCAGUAGGAGAAAAAACGUACUUAAAAAAAAAGGCCAAUAAUGAUAGUAGUAAUAAUGCUCAUCGCAGUAAUGGUCGUAGCACUAAUAAUCGUUACUGCAGUAGUAGUAGUAGUAAAAGAAGGAAGAACAAUGUCGAAAAAAAAGGAGCCAUAUGGCCAAAUUUCGUACAAUUUAAUAGACAAAAUGAGUCAAAAAAAGAAAAAUCAAAAGAUGUAACAACAGGUAAUCGUAUUAACAUAAAGCGCAGAAUAGACAAUAAGCGAAAUGAACUUCUUAGCAAUUAUAAUCAUAAACAAAUAAUAGUUAAAAGUGAUAAUAACGAAAUUGACAUUCGUAAUGCAGAUAAAUGUUCACUUCGGGAAUUGGCACAAAAAGAGGGAAAACGAUCUAAUGGUACUUUUAUUUAUGCAUAUAAUAUAAAAGAGGAGAAGAAACAGGAAAAUAAUAAUAACAAGCAAAAGAGUUUGUUGCAGAAUUUUUGUAGUCAUAGACAAGAACCUUUUUCAAAUAAGGAAUGCACAAAUAGCUCCAGGUGCAAAUCUCUCACGUUUGCAAGUGAAAAGAAGAUAGAGGAGAAUGAAGGAGAGGAAGAAGAAAACGGAAGCAAAUAUUUACAUAUGGCUUGUUUAAGGACUGAGAAUGAAAUACUAGGUGAGAAGAGAACGUGCAUGAUCAACAAGGUUUUGAAAACAGAUGGUAUUGAAGGCAUAAAUAUAAGUACACAUAAGAAGUGGAAUAGUGCAGGAAACGCUAACUGCUUUGGUAACAGUGGUGCAAACAUUGACUACUUCAGCAGUAGUGGUGGAAGCAAUGAGUGCACAAACAAAAGGGUUAACACUGGUACCCUUGGAAAUAGAAGGUGUACAAGCCUGAACAAUUUAACAGAGGAUUCUUUCAUAUUCAACUCGCUGUUAGUUACUAAUGAUCUUCGAAUUAAGAUAUGCUACAGUAACAAUUAUGUUGAUUUCAAAAAAUUAAAAAACCGCUACAACUGUGAGGGAGAAAAUACUGGAAAAAUAACUGGAGAAUGGACUAGCGAAAUAACUACAGAACGGAAUGACAAAAAAAUGGGAGAGAAAAAAAAAAGGUUGGAUUCCCCAACAAACGGGCAUCUGUUAAAUUUAAGCGAUGACUUAUUUUUAAUUUCAUUCGAUUCAGAUAAAACAAAAUCAAAUUAUGUUCAGCAAAAGAAAAAUCCGUUCACAACUUUAGAUGCCAUUAGUGAUUUGAGUGCGAACAAUUUGAGGGGAGAAACUUUUUCUGAGCAUUAUGUAGCAAAUAAUCAUUUUUUACAUAAUUCGAUGUUUUUAAAUAUUAAUGAUCAGAAUGAUAAGAAGCAUGAACAAUUUAAUUUAAUAGAUGACAAUAGUAAUAUUAACAUGUGGGGAGAUAUAAUUUAUGAAAAAGAUGCAGGUGUUAAUAAAAAAUAUGAGGAGAGUGAAAUAAUGAACUUUUUUGAGAAUAAAAUGAUUGAGAAAAAUGCGAAUAUUUUAUCACCACAAAAAAGGAAAAUAACAACAGAACAAAGUAUGAGUUGUAAACAGUCAGAGAGAAAAAACUGUUUCGAUUUUUUACAAAGGGGUUAUGUAACAGAUGGAAUAGGAAAAAAAUUAUGUACAUGUGACAACUCAUUAAACAACUCUAAUGGUAUUAAUUGCUGCUCUUGUAAAAAUGCUUCACAAGGAAGAUAUGCAUUAGAAUUUCUAGCAUUAGAAAAAAAAAAAAAAAAUAAUAAUACAAAAAGGAAAUGUUCAUUAGGCGAAAUUAUUUGUUAUAGUAAUCGAUAUAAUAGUAAAAAUGAUUUAGAUAUAAUUAAAAUAGGAAAUGGUUUAAGGACACCACAGAAUAGCAAUAGAAAGAUUAAUGAUAUACAUAUUUAUACAUGUUUGGAGAAUAGUAAUUUAAAAUGGGGAGGAGAAGAGGAAGGUUACAAUUCCAAUGAUGAUGAAUCAUCUUGUGCAUCAACAGUAUUAGUAGAGUACGAUAAAAAUCAAUUAGAAAUUUUAUUUGACAAUAAUAGCGUGAGUUGUGAUGAGGGAAAAAAAGGAAUGAAGUAUGUUGGGAAAAAAAGAACAGAAAAAAAAAAAAGAGGUAAUUUUCUAUUAUCAGCUAGUCCAAAAGUUAAGAAUAGUAUCACAACAGACAUAGUAAAUGGGAGGAAACCAAAUUCAGUAAAAGUUAAUAGUUCAUACGGGGUACUAUGUAAUAAGAGGGGAAGCAACAAAAAGGAAAAAGAAACAAGUAGGAGUAGAAGAAGCAGUAGUAGUAGUAGUAGUGGUAGUAGUAGUGGUAGUGGUAGUAGUAGUGGUAGUGGUAGUAGUAGUGGUAGUAGUAGUAGUAGUGGUCGUAUUAACAGAAUGACAAACUGUGUGGCAAAAGGGGGAAAAUUUGUAACUAACGUUUUUGAAAAAAGCAAUAAUUUAUUAGUACUUCAAAAAUUGAAUAAUGCCAUUAAUAAAAGGGAGCCUAUAUCGAAACAUACAACUGCAGUUGAGACAUAUGAGGGUAAUACUUGUAUAAAUAACGAAAAGACAAAAAAUGAAUCAUCAGACAAUUUUAUGGGCAGACGCUAUUCUGGUAUAAGCAGUGCAUACGUUAAGAUGCAGCAAGAACGGAAGAAAAAGGGGAAAAAGGAAAAAAUAACGGAAAAAGAAGCAAAAAAAGAAGCAAAAAAAGGAGCAAACGAAGGAGCAAAAAAAGGAGCAAACGAAGGAGCAAAAAACACUGUUACACAGAUACAAGGAGGAGAAAGAAGAUACAGACACACUGAGUCAGCAGACAACGAGGAUGAUUGUAAAAAAAAUAUAUUUUAUGUGAACAGGAAGGAUAAAAGGGAAGAUUUUUUAAGUAAUUCUUUGGAUGUAACCAACGGAAACACAAAUAAUAUGGCUCUUCAUUUAGUAGAAAAUAGGGAAGACUUAAUAUAUAACGAUGAAAAGAUAAUUAAUCAGAAUAAUAAUAACGAAUUAGGGAGAAAUUAUUUUUCUGCAAAAUGUAUUGAUUCAUUGAUGAAAUAUGAAAGUAAUGUACUUCAAAAAGUAGAGGAAAUUGAAGAAGAAAAGAGAGUAGAAAACAAUUUUUAUGAAAUUAAUCAUUGUAGUGACAUAAAUUUUAAGGAUGAUGAGAAAAAUCAAAUACAUCAGCUUUCGGUAUUAAAAUUUCUUAUAAGUAAAAAAAAUAAAAAGGGUUUUAUAAAAAUUGAAAAGGCGAAAAAAAUUAUAAAAAGUUUACACAGAAAUUCACAUACGAACGAAAAGAAUAGUAUUAAAAGAAAAUUUAGUAGGAAAAAAAUAAUGGAUGAUUAUACCCUUAACAAUAACAAAAAUUUGAGAAGGAAGCAUAAAUGGAAGUUUUCUUUGGCUAGUAAGAGGAAUCAUAUAAAGCACAUUGAAAAUUACAGUUGCACACAUAGUGCAGCUGAUUCAGGGAAAAGAACAAAAAUUUUCAGUGCAAACGGAAUAAAGAACUUGCAGCAAAAGUGUCAUAAACAUAUAGAAAAGGAAGAUAGUACAAAUGGUGGAAGCGAGGCCUUUUUUGAAAAAACAAACGGCUUUGAAAGUACAAAGAAUGGAGUUCAUUACAAUGACGAUUACGGCGAGCUUAAUAAUAAUAGAAGUAAUAUUAAUAUCAGUAAUAAUAACAUUAGUAAUAACUAUAGUAGUAAUAAAUAUAAUAAUAAUAAUGGUAAAACUAAUAAUUCCCAUUUUUUGAAGAAUACGAAAUUGAACGAGGAAAAACGAAUAAUAUACUUUCAAAAUUACGAACAUAACAGGAACAAAAAAUCCACAGAGGGAAUAAAUAUAGAAGGAGAAAGCUGCACUAAAAUUUUAAAGAAUAUAAGGAAAAACUUACCUUUACAUUAUGAAAAAAAAAAAUUGGAAAAGUCUAUUCGAGUCAAAGUUCAUAAAAGAGUGUGUGCACAAAAAUAUAUUAAAAAACGAAAUAAAAAAAAAAUAAGCAAAAAAUUAAAGGACCUAUAUUAUAUACUGGAUGAUAAGAAAAAAGAGUCCUUUUUAGUUUCCCCUCAAAGUAUUAAUCCUCUUGUAAAUUCAUUAAAAAAUACAUGUACGAAUAGUAAUGCAUAUCUUAAAAGAAAAAACUCCCAAAAGUUAUCUGAGCGGAAGAAAAAAAAUAUUGCAGACAAGAAAAAAAAAAAAAAAAAAAAAAAGCUAGAUAUAAAAAAAAAAAAUUCGGAAAUGCAAAAAAAGCUAGCUAUGCAAGAAAAAUUAAACGAUCAGAAUAACGAAGACGAUCAAAUUAGUACAAACAACUUGGUGACAACACAAGAAAAAAAAGAGUUGUAUUUAAGAAAAAAAAAUGCAUACGUGGGCAAUAAAGAAAAUAAUUCUUCUUUAUGGGGUAAUAGCUCAGUAAAAUGGGAAAUGAGCGCUGUUUUGAACAUGGAUACCAGUAAAAAGAACAGCGGCCCAACAUGUGCAGAUCUAAACUACAGCAAAGUGAUAGGCGGGAAAAUUACACCAGAUGUAAAGAGGAAAAGAGAGGAUGCAGCAUACGUAGAAGAAAACGAUAAUAAUGACAGCGGUGUCAAUGAUGAUAACGAUAAUGAUGACAAUGAUGAUAACGAUAACGAUGACUAUAAUGAUAACAAUGUCAAUGAUGAGGAAAAUAAAAAAAAGGAGAUAUCCAAAAUCAUAGCAAACGGACAGAAAGAAAAUGCCACGAGCAUGACUAGUGUGAGAAAUGGGGGAAUAAAGCAUUUAGAAAAAUCAGGCACGUACAGUUUUGAAAAUGUAGAAAAAUUUUAUUUGACCACUUUUGAAGAUAAUUUGCGUAGUCCCCUGCAAAAGCUAAACAAAAAUGAGAACAGAUUGAAUAAAGCAAUAAAAAUUGAAAAAAAUUAUACAAGAAAGGGGAAAAAAUUUCCUAGUUUAGUUAGUCCAAUAAGAGUAAAUGUGGACAAUGUAAUUUACAGAGGCGAUAUUGAUAGUGAUACCAUGUACAAUAAAUGUAGCAAUAGUACAUGUAGUAAGAGUAGCAUUAAUGACAGUGAAAAAGGUAGAAUGAAGGAUUAUAUGAAGAGUAAAUGUAAUGGUACAACCAAAAUGAAAGGUGAAAGGAGCUGUCAAGAUUCCCUGAUACGUAUGAAGGACGAUCCUAGUAACAAUUUAAAAAAGUGCGAAUAUACAUUUUCGUUAAAUUUAGGAAAAUAUGUCACAAAUCAUCGUAUAAAUGAAAUAAGUUUUAAAAAAAACAUUUUAAAAAAUAGCAUAGGGGAACAUUUACCAGUAAACAAUAAGGUAAGCAGAAACUGUAAACUUGUUGAAAGAAAUGGAUUACCAUGUAAAAGAGGUGGGGUAAAAUAUGGAGUUCGAGAUGAAUGCGUAGAAAAGGUUAGUGAACAUACUGGAGGGGAUGAGGCUAACGUAGAAAGUAUAAAUAAGGGGGGGGAAAAAAAUCAAAGGAGUAACUUUUUUGAGAGCAAAAAUAUAUUUCGUCCUGAUAAAAGGGAUGUAAAUAUUAAAAAAAUCAAUCAAGAUUUUUUAAAUUUUAAGAUAAGGAACUUAAUGGUAAAUAGUAAUACACGUUCUGAAGAGGGAGAGGAAAAGAAGUAUUUAUUAAAUAAUGGGAAAUGUAAAAAUGGUGAAAAUUGCACAAAUGAUUUAACUAUUAAUUGUGAACAUGAUGAAAAAAUAUUUUGCUCCAAUAUCCUUUUUGGGAAAAAAAAUAAUAUAAAACCAUAUGACACAUCAGUUGAGAAAAAAACAAAAUUGAUAAGAACAGCAACAAUAAAGGAAUAUUUAUCAGAUAAAUUUAAAGAAAUAAAAGAAAGAAAGAAUAUAUUUAGAGCACUAUCUGUGAAUAAUAUUUAUAAAACUAUAUUUCCAAAAGUGCGUUUAUUUAAUUCCACUCAAAGAGAUAGUAAUAGUAGUAAAAAAAUGUUGAACAGAAGAUGCUAUAAUACCAAUUUAGAGUUAAACAGUUUUAAUAAAUCUACUCCUUGUAAAUUAAAUAAAACGAAAAGCUUAAUUUAUAGAAAUACUAGUAUCAAACGAGGAAAUUUGUUUGUUCCCACGAAGAGAAGUAAAACGAGGGGAGAACGAACCGGUCCCAAGGGUAAAGCAAAUAAAGGAGAAGCACGAGAAGGUAGAGGAACAGGACAAGGACGAGGUGGUGUGUAUAUAAACGUCACUACCAAAGGAACCAUUCACAAUAACAUCGAUAAUUUUCCACCUUAUAACUUGCUAUUUCGUGUCCCCAAUAUAGAAGAAAAAAAAAAUUUCAGCGUAAAAAUAAAGCGAAAUUAUUCUGCUCUACCAAAUGUACAGGACCAAAGUGAUGAAAUGAAAGAGAACAAAUCUGAAUAUGAUACGUAUGGAAGAAAUAUUUUUCAUGUCCCUACAUGUAAAAAUAAUACAAAUAAUAAGUACAAUAAAAAGAACAAUGUAUUUAAGGAUAAAAUUUAUUUUUUCAAAAGAACAAAAAGCGCGAUGCUGUUUAAAAAGGACGAAAAGGUGUGUAGAAAAAUGCCCAAAAAGAUAAACGAAUGUACACGUGUAAAUGUAUGUGAACAGGGGAAGAUAAAAAAAUGUUUCUCCAUGGUAAACGAAAAGGUUAUGAAAGAAAAUAUUUAUCUAAAUACAAAUCUAAUCAAAAGUAAGUACGGAGGUAUACGUAAUUUUAUAGCUAAUCCGAGUUUUUUUUUUGAAAGUGCGCUAAGAAACAAUUGUGAGAAGAUGGCUACAGAGGAUGGCGUGAAACAGAGAAGCCAACCAGGUGAGAGGGUAUAG